AUGGACAACCCUUCAUUGAGCGAAAAUUCAAACAACCUCAAAGGCUUUGACGGUGCCAUGGAGAGCAGUAGUCAAUCCAAUGAUCAACCCGUAUCAAGCACCAACCAGAUGUUGGUAGAUGAACACAAAGAAGAAUUCAGGCAAACACAAAACGGUUCGGAAGAUUCCACCCAAGGCCGUCCGAAUUCGGUCGUGGAGGUGGAGAGACGAUUCCAAGAGUCCAAAGAAAUUCUUCUUGAUCUGAUCCAUGAAGUUACGCAUCUUCAGAGAGAACAAGAAUUAGCAAAAUAUCAAGCAAUGUGUAGCAAAGAGAGUCCAAAAGCAUCGUUCUCUGAAAUAUCUUCUCUAUCAUCACUAGUUAAAAGACAUGAGCUGGAAAGAGAAAAGAUGGAAUGCCAAUAUAAAGAAAGAAUCAAGGAAGUUUCGAAUGAAAGAGAUUUAUUAAUGAGGGAAUCUCUUGAAACAAAACUUCAUUUGGAUGCUCAUGCUGCUCUUGUGGAAAAAAUUAAGAAAAAGAACAUUGAGCUUGAGUGUAAUGUCAAUCUUCUUCAGGAACAAAACAAAAAACUCAUUGCCAGUUUGACUGGGUAUCAUCAAGAAAAAGAAAAGUAUGAAACUACGUUUGAGAAAAUAAAGUUCGAGAUGGAAUCACUCCAGUCAAAGGUAAAGGCGUUUGAAGAGAACGCAUCUGUUGUGGCAUCCGAGCAAGAACAUACAAAAAACAAGUUUGACUUGCUUGAAAAACUACUGAACAAAACAAUGACGGAAAACGCCCAACUCAUCGAAGAGAACAUGAUGUUGAAGAGAAAGACAAUGAUCCACACUCACCAGCAAGAGAAAUAA